AUAAAUAUGAGACUAAUAUUGCUAAGCUAAUGAUAUCAGUUGGGUUUGUUUUGUCACAUCAAAAUGAGGUGUUGGAAAAAAGAAUUUAUUAUAUAUAUUUGGCGGUUUGUUGGGUGAUAAGAAACAUUUAGAAAGUCGUACAAGUUGACUAACUCUUGACUAUUGCUUAAUAUUUAUAAGCAAUAUUUCCAAGUACGCAAUAGUAAGCGUAGUUAAUAUGGGGGUUUGAAGCUUUUCUCUUAAAGAAAUAUUGGAAAUGUUUGCAUCACACAUAUGUAUAUGUACAGAAUGAAAUAUUAAAAUAUGGGCCGCUUAUACCAAGCGAAAGUCAGGAUAGUUGUAAACAAACUGCAAAACAAAACAACAACAAUAACGAAAACAAAAACGAAAACAACAUAAACAACAUUAGCAUGUGAGCGAGGAUCACAGCAGCUCAACAAGUGUGCGUUGCAAGGCGUUAACGCUGCGCAGCCGAUUACACAGCCUAAAGGUGCAUACGAAAACGUAAACAAGCGCACAAUAAUACAUGUUUGUGCCAAAAAUAGUCAAUGGAUUGAAUGUUGUUUUGCAAAAACAUAUUUUAUUUGUAAGACGAAAAACAGAAAAAUAAAAACGAAAACGUAAACAAAUCUUUUGUUUGUCCACUGCGUGCGUUAUCAGCUAAGAAUGUGUUACUGCCUGCGAGCGUACUGAUAUCGCAACAUUUUGUGGCAUAUAAAUUGGUGUUGCCGAGGGCAAACUAAAUCAUUACUUGGAAUCAAGGCAUUGUGACAACAUAGUGAGAGCGCAGCAGAUAAAUUAAAAAUAAAAAUUCUAAAUUAUUUCGCAGAACAAAUUAUCAAAAAUUAUUAAAAAGUUAAAAGUGUUAAAUUUGUUCGAAGAAAUUUGUGCACAAAGAAGAAAACUCAAAGAAAAUGGAUCUAUCUAUGUGUGAAGCAUCUGAAAACUGUCUGUAUCGCCACAAGAAGUUCGACCAAGGCAAGCGUCCACGUGAAGAAGAUGUACUACAGGAUUUGGAGCAAUUGAAUGGCGCACGCAGCUCAGCAGCGAACGCUUUAUUACUCAAUCCCUACUUUUAUGGUGUUGAGCGUGUUUCAACGCCUUUCUCAACCGACUCCAAUUGCUCCUCCGACUACGUAGGAUUUGUGUCGCGCUUCAAUGCCUCCAGCACGCCAAGCAGCAAAAGACGUCGUCUACUAUCCGGUGGUCAGUAUGGCGGCGAGGAUAGCGGCAUCGCAUUGACACCAAAGAAGCAAACAGCAGCCGAUGAGUCGCAACCACACGAACAACUUAAGCGCCAGUUGAAGCUAUCGGCACUCGCACAACCACCUAAGAAGAAACAGAAGGUUACAGAUGUACAACAAGCCGGCGGAAUUGCGGCUAAACAAAAUUACACAACACCAACAAAACGACACAACAGCAGUACUAGCGGCAUCGGUGUCAACAGCACUCACAAUAACAUCCCCGGUAGCACCGCCAUCAACGUCUCCACCAACACAAGCGCCGUCAGCAACGCCAACACUUCCGCAAAUAAGAACAACAGAACAAAUUUGUUGUCCAACAAAAGUGUCACCCCGGUAAUCGCCAAUAGCAUUAAAACGGUGCUGAAGCCCACAGUAGUCGGCACUUUGGAAUUGCCAACAACCGUUGGUCCUGUCGCCAGCAAUAGUGGCCAGCAAUUGGACACUAGUGUUGUAUUGUCGCGCAUCGGCGAAGAUAAGCUGCGCAGCAUUUGCACCUAUCACACAAAUAUGGUGCGUACGUUUCCGAAGAAGGAACGUUCGCCGAAAGAUCAGGAGCGUCGCAAUAAAAACACGAUCGCUUGCCGUAUGAGUCGUCGUGUCAAGAAGCUGGAACAGAUCGCGCUCGAAGAAGAAUGUAAGGAGUUCGAAGCACAAGAGCUGGCAAUGACGGAAGAUAUGCUGCGCGCCACUGCGUAUCUGGAGCAAUUGGAGCUGUUAAUAGCAGGCAUACAGAGUUCCGAUGAUGAGGAGUCCGAGAUCGAUGUAGUGAAUGUUGGCGAUGAAAAUGAUGCGUCAGUUGUAGGAAUAGCGGCUGGUGCUGCGCCUAGACUGCCACAAGCUAAUGCACUACCUUCACACAGCUCCAGAUCCAGCGCCUUUACAAUCGCUUCAUUAUUAGGCAAUAACAGCUCAAAAAAUGCGUAAAUAUUUUUAUUAGUACAGUCAUAUAGUAGCCAUAAAAAGGUAUACUUA